CAUAUCUUAGAACUCCUUGCUCAGUUCCAAAGACUGGGGGGAGGAAGAGGGAGUCGCUUAUCUCCUUCCUCAUGCCUCAGAGCAGAGGGAUUAAGACACAGACCUCAGACAGGCUAUGGGUGAAGAGACAGAAGCAGAACCUCACAUCCAAGGAUGUCCUUGAGGGGACUGCUGGGAUGAGACGGCUCUCCAGACCUGUGAACAUGAGACUUCACCAGAAUGGAGCAAAAGGACAAAGCAAGCUACCCCACACCACGAUACACAGGUUCCUGAGCUGGGGGCUGCCCAGCUCCUGUAAAAGAUUCCUGUGGCGACAGCCAGGAGAGUUUCCGGUAGCUGCUAUCUUGCUGGGGGCAGGCACUGGAGGUCUCCUGGCUAUAGGUCUCUUUCAGCUCUUGGUGAAUCCAAUGAACAUCUAUGAGGAACAGAAGAUAAUGCUGUUGUACGGCUUGGCAGGCUUGGGGGCCGUGGGCUGGGGCACUUCACCUCAUAUCCGCUGUGCCAGUCUCUUGCUAGUGCCCAAGAUGCUGGGCAAAGAGGGCAGGGUCUUUGUGCUGGGAUAUGCCUUGGCUGCCAUCUACGAGGGACCACUGAGCAACCUGAGGUACAACCUCAACGAGGUGAUAGAGUCUCUGGGCUGCGUCGUGGAGCUGCAGAUCAACAAUACCCGUGCGGCCUGGCGUGUCUCCACGGCCCCCUUGAGGGCAAUCUUCAAGGACCUGAUGAGCAACAAAGAAUCACUGAAAGCCGAGACUCAGGACAUCCUCAAGUCCUUUGAGAACCUGGAUGUGCAGGUGAAAGGUGAGGUGGGCUACAGGUCAGAGGACGCCGUGGGCUCACAGGAGACAGGCCACAGGGCACAGCCCCUCCGAGCCCGCCUCUCCACUCAGAAGAUGUACGAGCUCAAAACCAAGCUGCGCUGCUCCUAUGUGGUGAGCAAGGCCAUCUCCAGCUGCCAUGAUUGGUUUAACCAAAAGCAUAAACAGUGCAUGCAGCGCAUCGGGGUCCCGCUCUUCAACUUCCUGCUCUGCCUUCCCAUGAAGUUCAAGUUCUUCUGUGACAUUGCCAAGGUGAUGGAGAUUUGGUGCCGCAGUCGCAUCCCAGUAGAAGGCAACUUUGGGCAGACCUAUGACUCCCUCAACCGGUCGAUUCAUGGCCUGGAUGAGGAAUUUUCAGCCACUAUUGACAUCAAGGAAGAGAAGCAGGCUGUGCUGGUGGGCACCAGCCCAAACUGGGAAGAUGUGAGCACCGAGGUGGGCGACUACGUGAGACGCCAGGAGGCCCAGCUGGAGUGGUCCCUGGGGCUGCUUCGUGCACUGCUCUCCUGCACCUUCCUGCUGGUCCUGCGAGCGUGCUUCACCUAUAUGGACAGCUAUAAUGAGGACAUUCGCUUCGACAACAUCUAUAUCAGCACCUACUUCUGUCAGAUUGAUGAACGCAGGAAAAAGCUGGGCAAAGAGACUCUGCUACCACUCCGCAAAGUGGAGGAGAAAACCGUCAUCUUCCCCCUCAAACCUGCUAUCCAGGCCACGGAAAUGAAAAAUAUGGGCAGGGAGCUAUUAGAGACGGUGCCUGUCCUGCUGCUGCUGCUGCUGCUUUGCGUCCUGGACUGGGCGCUCUUCUCCAUCUUUGACACCAUCCGCCAGCACUCCUUCCUGCAGUAUUCCUUCCAAAGCAGUCAUAAAUUGGAGGUGAAGGUCGGGGGAGACUCCAUGCUUGCCAGGAUUCUUCGGAAGACUAUUGGGGCCCUGAACUCCUCCUCCGAGACACAAAUGGAAAUGAGUAACACACUCUGCCUGCCCCAGCCCGUGCGCCUGGACACCAAGGCCUAUUUCAGGGCUGCGCUACCCAUUGGCCUGCUGCUGUGUCUCUGCCUGUUGCAGGCUUUCGGCUACCGGCUCCGGAGGGUCAUCUCAGCCUUCUUCUUCCCCAAGAGAGAAAAGAAGCGGAUUCUGUUCCUCUACAAUGACCUGCUAAGGAAGAGAGCAGCCUUCACCCAAGUGAGGACGGCUGCCAUCAUAAGGCGGGCACAAAAGCGGAGCGCUCAACGCCACCACCUGGUCGAAAUCCUGCACGGCCGCUGCCCGCUCCUGCGCCGCUGGCUGGGCCGGCGCUGCGUGGUGUGCGAUGCCGCCGAGACGCCGAAGUCCUACGUGUGCCCGACCCCGGGCUGCGAGACCGUGUACUGCCCGACGUGCUGGGCCGACAUGCGGCAGCGGUGUCCGGUCUGCACGCCCCCGGAGCUGUCCUCCCCCGCCUUCGGCGACAGCGACGAAGACGCUACCUACGCGGAGUGAAGGGCACACGGCUCGCCUCGCAGCCCGCGCCCUCCUGGCUAAUAAAAGCGUGGUGCAUC